AUGCAGGGUCUCCUCCUCUCUCUCGGCCUCCUGGCCUCCAGCGCCGUCAGCGUCGCCGCCGCCGAGCUCCAGAUCGACGUUACCCAGGCCGUCGAGUGCGAGCGCAAGACCAAGAAUGGCGACAAGGUCAACAUGCACUACCGCGGCACUCUCCAGUCCAACGGACAGAAGUUUGAUGCCAGCUACGACCGCGGAACCCCUUUCAGCUUCAAGCUUGGUAGCGGCCAGGUCAUUAAGGGCUGGGACCAGGGUCUUCUUGACAUGUGCAUUGGCGAGAAGAGGACCUUGACCAUCCCUCCUGAGCUGGGCUAUGGCAACCGCGGCAUGGGCCCUAUCCCCGCCGGCUCAACCCUUGUCUUCGAGACCGAGCUCAUUGGCAUCGACGGCGUUCCCAAGCCUGAGAAGAUCAUCAUCAAGGCCACCGAGAAGGCCAGCGAGGCCGCUGAGGCAGCCAAGGAGGGCGUUGCUCAAAAGGUCGCCAGCAAGGUUGCCGAGGCUGCCGAUGUUGUCAAGACUAUUGUCGCCGACUCUGACGCCGACGGCCAGGAGCACAACGAGCUCUAG